UUCCGCCAGCAGUACUACACCGAGCAGGCCCUGCGCCGCAAGAAGAAGCGCCCCAUCACCCAGCAGCAGCAGCUGAAGCAGCAGAAGCAGCAGUCGGGCGAGAUCCUCAAGGGGCCCAAGCUCGGCGGCAGCAGGAACUUGAGGGCCGCUGUGAGAGACAAGUUGCUGCAGCAGGAGAAGGAGAAGAGGGGCAAGUAG